CCCACCCUUGCUUUUAAAUUCAAAAUAAAUAAAAUUUUUGAUUUUUUGUGCAACAAAUUACUUGUGUUUGAUAAAUAAAUUAUGUCGGCUUUUAGGAAUCGCAACGAAUGUAAUUGUUGUCCUCGACAGCCAAAGUGCUACAAGGAGAUGAAACGGAAGUUGGAAAAACUAAAUUACAGGGAUGAGUGGGCAUCAUCGAAGAUUCCCGAUCAUCCAUAUAUUUGCACAGAAAUUGAAGCCGAUAAAUUGGCCUUUGAAGUUUGCUGUAAAAGCAGGAAAAGAAGAACUAAAGCCUCUGGAAACAAAUACCUGACCCUUAGCCCAUAUGAAGGACUCGCGGAAAGUAAAUCUUCACUUGGAGAAUCCUACGCCAGGCUACAGGAAAUCUACCGAGCUCCGGUCGCCCAGAGAUCCUUCUUUGCUAAGAAAAAGCCCAAUGUGCGGGAGCAGCGUGAGAAAAUACUUCAGGAUGGGGCCAAGGAAGAGGAGGAGAAGUACAUGACGGCUAUGUGGCAGAAUCUAAUCCAGAAAGUCGAGGCACGGGACAAAUUCCAACGGCUCUUGGAGCAAAAUCAAGAGCAAACUGUUCAAUGGAGGAAGGAGAAUGAGCAGGUGUUUAGGAAACCAGAAAAAAGUCAAAAUGAUCAAGAGAAGCCAACGCCCGUGCAGAUAGAGACAGACCUCAUGAAGGUCGUUAGCAGGGUAGGAAGAACUGGCAAGGAAAGGAAGAAAGUACGCUCAGUACCUCUCGAUGAAGUAUUAAACACCCCCCUAGGAAAGUAUGAGAAGAACCGGAACAGCAGGACUGAUGAGAGGUUUCGUGAGCUUGUCACCGGCUUACUUCUACCUGCAAAGAAUGUGAAAAAUAGAAACUCAGAGAAUAAGUCCACUCCCCAAAAUCAGCACCAGAAUGGCUCAUUUGCUUUUGUCAAUAAAACCGUUCCUCUCUCUGAUCCUUUUGAACAAAUGCCAAGGGCUAAGGCUGUGAAAGUUCCCAUAUUUUAUACAAUUAGAAAUCGCCAGCGUUUACCUGUUAAGAAUCCAAAAAAUAUAAGUUCCAGUGUGGGAGCUAAGUUUUCAUGGCACUUCAGGCAGAAGGUAAAGGCUAAGGCUAUGCCCAAGCCAAAGAUGUCAAAGCCCUUUGAUAAUCUGAUUACAGGAAAGAACGUUGAGAUUCCCGAACGGAUGGCUACUUUCUUGAGCCGUCAGAACAUCCACAAAGAAAUAAAUUUAAAAAUAGAAGAAAAGGAGAACGCGAGAAAGCCUUACAAGUCUAGACUGAAAGACCAAUCCGAGCCGAAUUACGGAGUUUACAAAAGCAAAACAUCCAGGCACAUGCCUAACGGUGAUGUAAGACCAAAUUUUUCAGAACACUUUCAUAAAAUGCUAAGGGGCAAGGAAAACACUAUCCCCGAACUAAAUGUGGCCCUCAUGAGCCAUCACAAAAUAUUCCCGGAGAUAAAAAGAGCCAUAAUAUCCUCUUCCAAAUCCCACAAGAGAAAACAAGACGAAUCCGAACCUAGUCACGGAGUUAACAAAAGCAAAAAAUCCAAGCACAUGCCUAGCGGUGAUAUAAGACCAAAUUUUACAGAACACUUCCAUAAAAUGCUAAGGGGCAAAGAAAACACUAACCCAGAACUAAAUGUGGCUCUUAUGAGCCAUCAUAAAAUAUUCCCGGAGAUAAAAAGAGCCAUAAAAUCCUCUUCCGGAUCUCACAAGAGAAAACAAGACGAAUCCGAACCUAAUCACGGGGUUUACAAAAGCAAAAAAUCCAGGCACAUGCCUAGCGGUGAUAUAAGACCAAACUUUACUGAACACUUCCAAAAAAUGCUAAGGGGCAAGGAUAACACUAUCCCCGAAGUAUUCCCAAAAAUAACGAGAGCAGAAAAGUCCUCUUCCGGAUCCACAAAGGGUAGACUGAAAUACAAAUUCGAGUCUAGCAACAGAGUUUCCAAAAGGUCCAAGACGCCGAGCAAAAAAGAGGUCACGGUGAGCAAAAUAAAUGAUGUCCGAAUAGCCCAUCAAGAAAUGCCGGCAUUACCGGGCAUUAAAGCCUUUAAAAAUUCAACCGUGAAAUCGGACGAUCAAUACGAUAGUGCUUUGCCAAGCAGUAUCUUGAAACCAAAGGCUCCCCCUUCUUUUCGCCAAAUUUCACAGGACAAGAACAAAAGGGCCUCUAUAAGGUCCUCAAGAAGAUAUCGCCCAUCCCUUUUCAAGAACCAGUUAAGACUGCAAAAGUUUGACUAUUACAUCAGAAACUCGCAGCCGGAUUGGAGGAUAGUGGAGCGGAGAGGCUCGAAGGAUUUGAUUGGCUAUUUGGACAGAAAGAGUAUCCACAGCCUGAUAAGCCCAAAGCCGGGUUGGACCAGAUCAGAGAGCGGCCGGCCUAGAGGUUCCGUCAUCAGCACCACGGAUUUUGCCCGGUCCUUGCUGGACGUAAAGGUCGAGCAAGGACCGGUAAAGGCAGCAGAGGUGGAGCGUAGGGAUAAAGAUGACUUAAUGCCGGAGGACUGCAUGUUCGACACCGUGCCGGAGGACUACCAGACCGAUCAAAAUCAGGAUCCAAACUUGAAUAAGACACUAAGCGAAUUAAUCGCUGACAUUGUAAGGACAGAUAAGGAGAAGAAAACAUCACUAUCAAAGCAGAGACUGAAGCCAAGAGAAAGUACAUCGGGUUCGCUGCAGAAAACCCGGAAAAGUAGUUCCGUUUCACUGUUAUCGGUACGCGACGAGGUUAAACACUUCGAGCACCUAGCCCUCGAGGAUUAUGCCUGGCGAGAGCAAUAUCAGGAGGAGUUUGUGGUGGAGGUGAAGGCCGCCGUGCAGGCACGCAUCCAGGAGCUGAUGAAGUACGUGGCCAUCCGAGAGGACUUUCAGCCACCGAAACCACCAAGGGAUUUUAUAAGGGAAAACAUCGAAAUGCUUCCGAAAAUGCACCCGCGGGAGGAAGCACGGAUAAAGAAAAAGCAGAAACCCAAAAAGCCGGAUCUCUUUGACUUUCCUGAAAGCCCUUACAGAAACUCCAACCAGCAGUUGUUAGAUACAGAACAUGAACCCGUGAGAAAAGUAUGCUGCAAUAUUCAUGAGCAGCAGACAAAGCCAAAAGCACCAGCAGAGACAGCAAAUGAGACACAGAAAUGUGACACAUUCGAUGAAUAUUCAAAUCCGGACUCUGAUUUCAUCCAGAAGACCAAGCCACACAAAAUACGGGAAAUGGAAAGAAAGAAGGAAGCUUUGAAUCAUAACAAUUUCGAGGAAUGGUGUCCCAAAUACUGCUAAAUUUUUAAAUACUCCAUAUCUCUUACUCAAAAUCCUUGAGGAGAAAAAUAAUCCUUGGAGAAUCA